GGGGGACUUCCGGCGGCGCGCGGGCCGGGAUCUAGGGCCUGGGUUCGUCCUUCGCACCCGCACGUGUCCGCCGCCGCGAUGCUGCCCCUGCUGCGCCGAGUGCCCCGCGCGCUGGGCUCCGCCGUCGCCGGGCUCCGCGCCGCCCCCGCCCCGUCGCCUCGGCCGCUGCUGCAGCCCGCGCCCCGGCCGUGCGUGAGGCCCUUCGGGCUGCUCCGUGUGUGCGCCGGCCUCCUGCGCGCCCGCGGGCCCUGCAGCUGCGGCUGCAGCGAGCUGCACACCCAGGGAGAUAAAGCUUUCGUUGAGUUCCUGAACGAUGAGAUUAAGGAGGAAAAAAAGAUACAGAAGCACAAGUCCCUCCCCAAGAUGUCUGGAGGCUGGGAGCUGGAAGUGAACGGGACAGAAGCCAAGCUAGUGCAGAAAGUUGCUGGAGAAAAGAUCACCGUCACCUUCAACAUUAACAACAGCAUCCCGCCCACGUUUGACGGGGAGGAGGAGCCGUCCCAGGGGCAGAAGGUGGAAGAACAGGAGCCUGAACUGACGUCCACGCCCAAUUUCGUGGUGGAAGUCGUCAAGGACGGUGGCAGGAAGGCCCUGGUGCUGGACUGUCAUUAUCCGGAAGACGAGGUCGGGCAAGAGGAGGAGGAGGAGAGUGACAUUUUCUCCAUCAGGGAGGUGAGCUUUCAGUCCGUCGGCGAGUCUGACUGGAAGGACACGAACUAUACGCUCAACACCGACUCCCUGGACUGGGCCUUGUACGACCACCUGAUGGAUUUCCUGGCCGACCGAGGGGUGGAUAACACAUUCGCAGACGAGCUGGUGGAGCUCAGCACAGCCCUGGAGCACCAGGAAUACAUUACUUUUCUCGAGGAUCUAAAAGGUUUUGUCAAGAGUCCGUAGAGCAGACCAGACGCCGGGCUUUGCCGGGGAACCAGCCUGCUCUGAAGCCAGACGCACAUGGGCUUCGAGGUGGUUGCCUUCCCAAUAUCAUGGAGAAUAACUCAGAUUUAAAUUAUUUCUGUUGCCCUCUCAUUUACUCUGUUUAUUGCUUCUCUAUGACUCCCUUGCUCCGAGAUUUUUGUAUAACGUAAUGAUGGACAAUAAAAUUGGUUUCUCUCCUCCAA